CCCCCAAGGCAGCACCGCCAUGGUUCAGUCUACUGACAACAAGUUGGUUUUCAUCCCGCAUUUUGAUCACUCUUAUAUACUUAACAUGGACCAGCAAGUUCAGAUAUUGCAACCUGAUGAGUUUUGAGUGGCUUAUAAUUCGGACGGUUCCUUUUUUUUUUUUUGAUUGGUUCUAUCUGUGGUUUUUGAAAAUUUAAUGGAUUGGAAACCAAAUAUGUAAAUUGACAUAUACUCUUGAAAUCAGGACACUUUUAGUUGGAGCAAUCUGAUACUUGCAUACAAGACUCUAGGAGUUGUAUUUGGAGGGCUUGUAACAUCCCCACUCUAUGUAUAUCCAUCAAUGACUUUAAAUUCUCCAACUGAAGAAGACUACUUGGGAAUCUAUAGCAUCAUGUUUUGGACUCUUACUCUCAUUGGGGUUGUCAAGUAUGCCAGUAUAGCUCUUAAGGCAGAUGAUCAGGGUGAAGGUGGAACAUUUGCCUUGUAUUCAUUACUUUGUAGAAAUAUGAAUAUUGGAAUCCUUUCUUCUAAACAUUCUUAUUUAAACUCCAGUCGCUCACGAUCUGUUCUUCAUGAGGGGACUAAAGGGAAAAGCAGACUUGGCAAAGUGUUUGAAACAAGUAUAGUUGCCAGAAGGUUGCUGCUUUUCAUUGCUAUGUUAGGCACAUGUAUGCUAAUUGGCGAUGGUAUUCUUACUCCGGCAAUCUCAGUGUUAUCAGCAAUGGAUGGAUUAAGAGCACCCUUUCCUUCUGUCUCUAAAUCUUUAGUUGAAGCUCUUUCUGCAGUUGUUCUUUUUGUUCUGUUCCUGCUUCAGAAAUUUGGCACCUCUCGAGUGAGUUUUCUGUUUUCACCCAUCAUGGGCGCAUGGACCUUGAGUACUCCACUUGUUGGAAUUUAUAGCAUUAUACAUCACUACCCCAGCAUAUUCAAGGCUUUAUUGCCACAUUAUAUUAUCCGUUUCUUCUGGAGAAAUGGAAAAGAAGGCUGGCUGAUGCUUAGCGGUACCAUCCUCUGCAUCACAGGUUCUGAAGCAUUGUUUGCAGACCUGGGUCAUUUUAACAGAAGUUCCAUUCAGAUAGCUUUCUUGUUUACAAUAUAUCCAUCACUGGUUCUGACAUAUGCCGGAGAAACAGCAUAUCUGAUCAAGAAUCCCAACGAUCAUAAGGAUGCAUUUUACAAGUCUAUACCAAAAAUAGUUUACUGGCCAAUCUUUAUCAUAGCCACAUCGGCUGCAACUGUGGCAAGCCAGUCACUUAUAUCAGCCACCUUUUCUGUCAUCAAGCAAUCUGUUGUACUGGGUUACUUUCCUCGGGUCAAGGUGGUACACACAUCAUCCAACAAAGAGGGAGAAGUCUACUCUCCAGAAGUCAAUUACAUCCUUAUGGUUUUCUGUGUUGGAGUUAUACUUAUAUUUGGAGAUGGACAAGAUAUCGGCAAUGCUUUUGGUGUGGUUGUUAGUCUAGUCAUGCUCAUCACUACCAUAUUGCUGACAUUAGUCAUGAUCAUUAUAUGGAGAACGCCACCAUGGCUGGUUGCUAUGUACUUCUUCAUUUUUUUUACAAUGGAAGGCGUCUAUGUCAGUGCGGUUUUGACCAAAAUUCCUGAAGGUGGGUGGAUUCCAUUUGCCAUAUCUUUUAUUCUUGCCUUCAUUAUGUUUGGUUGGUACUAUGGAAGACAGAGGAAGAUAGAGUACGAACUCACUCACAGGAUUGACAUGGAAAGACUUGGAGUGCUACUAUCAGACCCAAGCGUGCGAAGGGUUCCAGGAUUGUGCUUUUUUUACACGAAUAUACAAAAUGGAUUGACACCCAUCCUCGGACAUUAUGUGAAAAACAUGAGCUCUCUUCACAAGGUCACUAUUUUUACAACCCUUAGAUAUAUACUGGUUCCUAAGGUUGCUCCACAAGAGAGGAUUGUGGUAAAACAGUUAAGCCCUAAAGGAGUUUAUGCGUGUGUGAUUCAGUAUGGCUAUGCUGAUUCCCUAAAUCUUGAAGGAGAUGACUUUGUUAGUCAAGUUACUGAUAGCUUGCGAGUUCACAUAGAAAACUGCUCUUCUUGUUUAGAUUCUGAUCCUUCACAGGUUCAAGAGGAGAUCUCAGAAUUGAGAGAGGCAAAAAUGGCUGGCGUAAUUCAUAUUCGAGGGAAGGCAAGGUUUCACAUAGGCAAGAACAGCAGCUUGUUUGACAGAUAUACGCUUGCCUUGUAUGAAGUGUUGCACAAUAAUUGUAGGUCUGCACUGCCUGCUCUUGGCGUGCCGCUAUCACAGCGUCUUGAGGUUGGGAUGUUUUAUGAGGCUUGAAGAAUUGAUUGUAACAGCGACAUCAAAUAGGAAAAAAUUACUGCAUAAGUUAAAGAAGCUUUGAACAAGCCAUACCAGAUCAUGGUUUGAUCAUUUCCUAAUUUACACAGGUUAUUUCAUGCUAGUAAUUAUACUGUAGUUACAAGAAUCUUACAGGAAGUUGAAGAAACCAGCUCCUUUUAUUCAUGAAUGUUCAUGGCAUGGCAGCAUUUUGCUUUCCAAGACUAAAAGGAAUAGGCCAUUGUUGUCAUAAACUUUGUACUUCUAGUUAAAACAGCACAGGGAAGUUAGAACAU